AUGAAUCAGGCAAGCAAACCCGAGGCUGACUGGACCGACGAAGAACAAAAGAGAUCUAAGUAUAAUUCACGAGCCUUAAGCGCUAUUCAUUGCAGUGUUGGGAAGAAACAGUUCGAAUUAAUUCAGGGAUGUGAAACUGCUAAGGAGGCAUGGGAUAUUCUACAGAUUCAAUACGAAGGUACUACAAAAGUACAAAGCUCGAGAAAAGACAUGUUGGCUUCCAGAUUCGAGAAUCUAAGGAUGGAGGAACAUGAAUCAAUUUCAGACUUUAGUUCAAAGUUAAGUGCUCUAGCACAAGAAGCCUUAACACUUGGAAAAACUUAUAAGGAUCAGAAGUUAGUCAAAAAGUUUUUAAGGUGUCUUCCUUCAAGAUUCAUGGGGUACAAGACAGCUUUAUUUGUGUCUCAUGACUUAGACAGUCUCAACUAUGGUGAAGUAGUUGGAAUGCUCCAAGCACAUGAGAUGGAACUUAAUGGAAUUAAGAAACCAAAAGGGAUAGCACUGGCUGUUAGCAAAGACGUAACUAAUCAAGGAGAAGAAGAUAUUGUGAGUCUGCUUGUGAGAAGAUUUGAUCGAGCGUUAAGGAGGAUAGAACAAGGCAAGUGUCAUGAGUGUAAGGGAUUUGGACACUUUAUCCGUGAAUGUCCCACGAUCAGACUACGUGAUGCUAAAUGUACAAUCUGCAAGGGUACUGGACAUACACAUGAUGAUUGUGUGGGUAAUUCUAAGGGUAGGAAGGAGAAAUCUAUGAUUAGUAUUGAAGAUGACUCAGAUAAUGAUAGCAGCAGUGAAGAAGAGCUCAUAAAUUUAGCGGCUAUGGUGGGAAUCACUGAGUUUGAGAACGGAGAAGAGGUAACUGAUUCAGAAUCAGAGGGUGAAGAGGUUCUUGAUAUUGUACAAAAUUAUAAAGAAGUACGAGAGACACUUAUCGCUCUAGGAAAAGAAAAUCAAGGGUUGAUAAAGGAGAAACUUCGUCUUGAAGCACUUGUGAUAGCUCUACAGAAUGAGUUGGUAGAUGAGAAAAAGAUUGCUAAAGACUCGUUGGAUCUAAUGAAAGAAAAGUUGGUUCUGUCUGCAAAAGCAGAUAAGCUUGAAGAAGAGUUAUGUACAGAAAAGAAGAAAUCUUCAGAAUUACAAUCUGAAUUAGAUCAGCAGCAUAGGAAGAUUCAUAUGUUCGCAGGCACAAAGCAACUUGACAAGAUUUUGAGCUAUGGGAGAACUGAGAAAACUCAUAGAGGAUUAGGUUUUACAGAAAACAGAGAGGCUAAACAAAAGACAACCAAGUUUGUAUUCGCUGGAACACAUAAUGUUGGGAAUGAAGUAUCUAUAGCUGCCUCCAAUAAGCCUUUUAGCUGCUAUUUUUGUGGAAAAAUUGGGCACUAUAAACGGUAUUGCUACAAAUUUUGGGCUAAGGUUAAUAACUUGAGGCAUCAAGGAAGAUUUUUGUGGAAUGGAGUGAGGAGACAGAUUUGGAUGAAGAAAGCGGAUCUAUAUCAGUCAGGAUCAACUGUGGCUUCUGGAUCUGGAUUUAGGUGCAACAUGGCCAUGAUUACCGAAGAACAAGAAGAUUUUGAACCUUGGUUCUUUGAUAGUGGAUGUUCUAGACACAUGACUGGAACCAAGAGCAACCUACAGAAUAUUAAGAAAUUGAAAGGAGGCACAAUAACAUUUGGAGAUGGGAGUCAUGGUUUCAUACAAGGCAAAGAAAUUAUUCGAGGAGUACCCAAGCUUAAAGGAGAAGAGAACAUGGUGUGUGGACCUUGCAACCAGGGAAAACAAGUUAAAAUUCAACCCAAAAAGGUUCCUGAUGUUCAAUCAAAGUCAUUUCUGGACCUGAUUCACAUGGAUUUGAUGGGACCAAUGCAGGUCGAAAGCUUAGCAGGGAAGAAGUAUGUGUUUGUGCUAGUUGAUGAUUAUUCCAGAUACACAUGGGUUCGGUUUAUCCGUGAGAAGUCAGAUAUUGUAGAUAGUUUCAAGAUUUUGGCAUUGCAAUUGCUUAAUGAAUGA